GUCUACUACUCUUAAGGUCACAGAGAAGGUUUCUGUAUCCGGUUUGAGCCAUCAAUCGGUUGAAAUAAAAAAACCAAGUUUCUUCACUAUGAUGAACUAAUAAUUAACAAUGUGGGUUUUCGUAGAUAGAUAGUUGUAAUCUUUUCUAUAUCCAAUCGAAAUCGGUACGUUUGCAAAACAAUUUAUGUGGAAAAAUUCCCAUCUAAUCAAGCUCACAAAAAUUCACGGAGCGACGAGAAGUAACCUGUGUGUGAAAAAAUUAUUAAAAAGAUAUAAUACGUCUUAAAUUUAUGAAAUUUACAAAUUAAACUAAUAUAUCUGUUAUGUCAAAUUCACGCAAUGUUCAGGCUUAUCCACCGAUAAGUAAUCUUUAUAGCAGCAGUAGCGAUACGGACGAUUACAGAUUUCCCCCUGGCGAAUAUUCAGCAAAUAUGAAUCGGAAGAGACAGUUAGUACCAAAUGCUUACAAAAGUAAGAAACGAUUAUGUAAUGAAUCAUCGAAUGGUGCAACACUUGAAGAAUUAAAUGAGCAAGAUGCCGAUUUCGAUGACUUUUCGGAAAUCAGAAGUGCAUAUUUUUUAAUAAAGAAUAUGUUUCCUACGGAUAAAUUUCAAAGUCAAAUACCAGCUAUAGUUCUUAAACAUCAACUGUACGCUUUAGUUUCUGAUCGAACUCAGGUCGAUAGAGAGUUGGAUGAUAUGCGGAAAAAUGGAGAGGUGAAGUUGUUCCGUUUAGGAUCUGAAGAUAUCGAUUUUGCCUUGGUGCUUACAGAUGAUUAUAAGAAUCACAUACACGAAAUUCUCUUACCAAAAGCCCUGAAAAAGACUGCUUUAGAUAGAUUUAUGAAUAACAUUAUUUUGAAAGGUAACUUUGUUAGCGUAGACAAGAAGCAGCUUAAUGAAAAUCACAUUACCGAUAAUGAUAUUACAGCAUUAAUUUCUGCUGGUUUACUAACUGUUCGAGACGUUGGUUGCUACUGGCUUUCAAUUCCGUCAGUAAGCUUGUAUUCAAAAUCAUUGAUGAGAGGUCGAAAGGCAUGUUUAACGAUGAUAAAAAAAUGUAAAUAUAAGGAAAUACUACAGCCGGAAUUGGAAAAAAGAAAACUUCCAAAAGUUGCGAAAUUAGUGGUUGGGCAAUCUAAGACAGGUUCAAAAGCGAUGCUCCGCUUAAACCGACCGGAUAAUUGUGGAUGUAUUCGAUUAGUACUGUUGACGGUAUUUGGAUCUUUAGCAUGCUUAAUUACUGGAUUGUUUCUAGGAUGUAUGUUGACAAAAGAGGAUGCUAAUACGGAAAAUUUAAUAAGAGAACGUCUGAGGCUAAAGCAAUAUUUACUAAAUAAAAGAAAUACUAGAGGAGAUUGGUCUUAUCAGAAUACACCGCUAGUUUUGAUGGCUUUACAAUUGUCCGAUACACAUUGGGCUUUCGGCAACAUAGAUUCUCAAAGAACAAUAGACAAAUUAGAUAUUCAACUUCUCUCUUCACUUAGCCGAAGUGUCAGAGGUAUAGGAAAAGAAUUGACCACAAUACGACUAGCUCAAUAUAUCAAUGCCCUAUUAGUACUCUUUCGUAAUCCAUCAAAUUUUUAUGGCCAUAAUCUAAUUGAAAUGUUAUCCCAACAUUUACAACAAACCGUAUAUUACAGCAAAACUAAUGCUUAUGCUGUCAGUUGGUCAAUUAUAGCUCUAUUUAAUGGCAGAACCGAUAUUCAUUUGGACCAUCUAUAUAAAAUCAUUAAACUGCAGAAAAGUGACGGCAGCUUCACGGGAGGAUUUGGUGAAACAUGCAUGUCUGUUAUGGCGCUAUCAUGCUUCAGAGACAAGACUAUAGUUGGACAAGCUUUGGGGAGAUCCAUUGAUUAUAUUUUGAGAAAGAGGAGAAAUGAUAACUCUUACGGAUCUGUUUUAGAAACCGCAUUGGCACUACAAGCUAUAAAUGCGGGUGGACGUCGCUAUCUUCUUGAUGAGGACUACGAGUCUUCAUUAUUAUGGUUAGCUAGAAGAAGUGAAUUUGGUAAAAAUUCGUUCGAUAAUAUCGAAGUGGCAACACACGUCCUAAUAGCACUUCAAUCAACAAAUCUAUUGUCCAUUCGAAAUAUAGUUGGCGUUUCAGAAAAAAAAGAGGUAGCUAAUCUAGUUGGUCCAUCCAUAAGACCUGUCCAUUCAAAAUUGGAAAGGUCUUUCCGUUUUGUAGCGUUAUGCGAUCAAACGGAUGAAUGUAUGGAGCUACCAAGUACGGACGUCAUGGAAUUUACCAAGACGGCACCAAAACAUACCGGUAAUGUCGAUCCUAUCGAUGUGAGUUCAACUCCGAAUGAUAAGAAGAAAGAAGAAAAAGAGGAGAAAGCGCCUGAUACUAACCUAAAGUGA